AGCGGCGGCAGCAGCGGCCGGAGCCCGGUGAGGCGGCGGCGGAGCUCGGAGGCGGCCCCAGCCAUCGCAGAGCCCAGAACCAAGAGCAGACUCUCCUGUGGCUCCCUCUGCUCCUGGAGAAGAGGCCAAAGAGGAGCAAAAUGAGCAAAAGGAGCACGAGCCUCCAGCUGUGGUCACAGCCCAGCCUGACCAUCCCCAGACAGUCCUUCCAGAGAAAGAGCAGGAGCAGAUUGUUUUAUCAGGGGGGCCAUGCCAGACUGAGGGAGAGCUGUUCCCAGCCCAAGAGCAGGAAGAGCAGCUGGGGCAGCAGGUGGAAGAGCCACUGGAGAAUGGCCAGAACAUCAAGGCAGAGCCCCAAGCAGAGCUGCCCGAAGCUCAGAGGGCCAUCAUGGCAGUGAAGAGGAGGCACGAGGAAGACAGGAGAAACAUCCAGGAGGAGAUGAAUCUCCACUGGCAGAGAGGCAAUCAAAAAAAGCAGGUGAGUGAAAGAGUGGCAGACACUCCACUCAUGGAAAUUUCUCUCUCUUGUUCUUCACAGACCUCUGAUGGGAAGCUGCGGGCAGGGCUGCAGGAAACUGAGGCUAGGAUCAGGGCAAGGAAGAAGAGGCUGGAGGAAGAAAGGAAAAUCAUCCAAGAGAAAUUUCAUCUCCUCGCUCAGAAGCAAGAGGCUCUAGAAAAUCGAGUGGACGUGUUGAUAUCUCACCUGGCAGCCUGCGAAGGCUUCCAGCAAAUGCCUGGUGAUGAAGAGCCCCAAGGUCGGCGGGAGGCACAGAUCUACACAGGCUCUUCCAUUGAAUCUGCUGCAGCAGCAGCAUCUAAAGGAGCCUUUGUUCCCCAAGCUGAGCAGUGGAGCCCGGGCAGUUUCUCCAUUUCCAGCAGUGACACAUCUGCUGCUCAGCUACAGGAGAGCCAGGGAGACUUCCUGGAGCAACUGAGGAGAAUGGUGAACAAGGAAAAUCCCAUAACAAAAUACAUUGAACUGGAAAGUCUUGGCAGCGGGGGUUUUGGAGAGGUUUCCAGAGCACUUGACACUGCAACAGGAGGAGAGGUGGCCAUAAAGAAAAUUAGUGUGCAAGGAGUGAGGAGGACGCAACUAACCGUGAAUGAAAUCAGGAUCAUGGAGAGUAAUAGGAGUCCCAGGGUCAUGAAUUACUUAGCCAGCUACCUUGUGCAUGAGGAACUCUGGCUGGUGAUGGAGUACAUGGACGGAGGCACUCUGAGAGAUCUCAUCGACAAGGCUCAAAUGUCUGAAGAAGAGAUUGCAGCUGUCAGUCGGGAGUGCCUGCAAGGACUGGAUUUUCUUCACUCCAACCACGUGAUCCAUCGAGAUGUGAAGAGCAACAACAUCCUGCUCAGAACCGACGGCUCUGUCAAGCUGGCUGAUUUUGGCCUUUCUGCUCAGCUCACCCCUGAGCAAAAUCAACGCUGCUCGGUGAUUGGGACUCCUUGGUGGAUGGCACCUGAAGUGGUGAAGCAUCAACCAUAUGGCCCCAAAGUGGACGUGUGGUCUUUUGGAAUUGUGGCAAUUGAAAUGGCCAAACAAAAAACUCCUUAUGACAGUUUCACUGCUCGAUCGGCUAAAUACCACAUAGCCACAGAAGGGACCCCACAGCUGCGGCAGCCCGACCAAUUCUCACCUUUGCUGCGUGACUUCCUGAGCUGCUGCCUGCAGAAAGGCGAGGCGCAGCGCUGGUCUGCCAAGGAGCUGCUGCAGCUGACAGUGGGGAGGUGCCGCGGCGGCGGAAAGCCCGGAGCACCGCGACUUCUCCAGAAGCAGCCUUGAGAAAGGCUGGCCCGAAGCGCAUGCGAGCAGCUUUGAGCAGUCGAGUGAUUCCAGCUCAGCUCAGUAAUAGUAUAGUGAUUUCAGCUCAGCUCAGCUCGGCAGCAGCGGCGGCAGGUAACACAGGAAGCAGGGACGAGAUAGCUGGUCCAGCGUUCCACCGAGGCACAAGCCUUUAUUCAGGCAAAGCUUCGGCAAAGGGUGCCAGUAGCAGCGAAUCUCUCGAACAGAGGAAAAGCCGGGAUAUUUAUGGGGAAGGAGAGGGGCGGGGGGAAGCCCGAGAUACCUGUAUCGGGAUGGGACAGCAGGGGGGAACACCAAUGAAACACAACAGUUUAACAUAACUAACUCAAAGACCCCUGGGAGCAACAUUGUGUCGCUCUUACAGAGAAGUAUCUCCUCUCCAGGGGAGGGCCAGUAUCUGGGGCCCAGCGGGCUCCUCCGUACCCACAGGGAGGAAUCCUAGACUGGGCUGGGCUGGCAGGGAGUGCUGGGUUUUAGCACUGGCUAAAAUCACCAGUGCACUUCCUCAUUUCUUGCUGGGAGCUAUGGAUUAGGAGAAGGGCAAAACAGGCUUCAAACUUAAAAGGAAUAACAAAUUGUAUUAUCAGGCCCACAGGAAUAAGAAAGGUCUCAUCUGUGUAGUGAAAGGGUUCAAUCUCACCCAGGUCAUGGCAGUCACGGUGUUGGAUUUCAGGCUGUGCUGGGCCCCUCUCUCUGCCCGGUAGCCGCUGGGAGGGGAGGCUCGGCCUGGAGCCGUCGCUGCACGCCGGGGAGAGGGUUUAGUGUGGGCAAGAUGUCAGCAGCCGUGGCCUGGCCCAGCCUGGGGCCGGGGUCCCGCAGCCUCCAUCCCCCGCCCGGGAGCCGCUGGGGUCUGGCCCGGCCUCCCCCAGGAGCACAGGCCGUAGGCGAGCAGGGCCGGCCUCACCAGAGCUCCGUUACCUUCGGGGGCCGGAAGCAAAGAGGGCCAGUUCCCGGGCUGGUGGUUUUCAAAAUGUGGAUCAUCACAGAGGCACAUCUCAUUUCUAAAUGGUGCAAAAUGUUGUCAGUUCUCAGAACUAGCCAGCCAUUGGCCUGUCUCAGGCACAGAGGAAGCUCCCAGAAGCUUGUUUCAAAAAAAUCACUUCCGUGGGGGGGGUUUCUUACUUCUUUCCCUAAAUGUCAAUUCAUCUCAAACUAACACACAGGGACAUGGAAAGGUCAUCUAGUCUGUGUCCUGCAAUGAGCAGGGACAUCUUUCAAGAGAUCAGGAUACUCACACCUCAGAUAUUUCCAGGGGUGGGCCACCUACCAGCUCUUGGGGCAACCUGUGCCACUCUUGCCCCAUGCUCCUGACCUACUCUGACUCAAUCCCCGUUUCAUUUAAAAUUAUUCCCCUGCCUUUGAAGCUCAUAGCUGGGAAAAUCAUGCUUUGUUGUUGUUUUCUUUUCCUUUCUGCAGCAUCAAUUUAUAACAUCGGCCAUGCCUGGGUCCAGCCUGGCACCACUCAUUGUUGCAGUGAAGAAGUGGAAGGAGGAGACAGGAAUGCAACAAUUAAUUUAGAACUGUCUUCUCCGUGACCAACUAAGAGUAGCAUUGUAGAGUAGGAUUAUAGAGUAGAAUUGUAGUGCAGGAUUGUAAUGUACGAUUGUAGUGUAGGAUUGUAGAGUAGGAUUCUUAAAAACGAGAUUCACUUAAUAAAUUAUAAAAAGAAUUUAAUAUAAAUAAAAAGACAAUUAGGAGACAAAAGUAAUAAAGCAAAGGGUUAAAACGGCCGGGUGCCCUGGUGAGUUGCCAGGAACACACCUGGUAUCUCAGGAACACUCUUUUUAUCCCCCCCCUGCUGUGAGGGGUUAAUGCAUAUUCAAAGCGUGUCCCCUCCCUGGUUCUGCCUUCUUAGAUCAUGCUUUUGCACAACUUAUUUUUCUGUUGGUCAGCACUAUUUUUGCUGGUCAUCAUUAUUCUUGCUGAUGAGCAUUAUUUUGGAGUUUGGUUUCCUUUCUCUUGCAAAUGGUCAUUGUUGAUAACAGUCCAGCCCCCCGUCAUCCUUCCUCUGAGGGUAUCUGGGCUUCAUAUCUUUCGCUGAUAACAGUUUGGGCUCUAUUGUUCUCCUGAUAACAGCUUGGGCCCCACUGUCCUUGCCCUCUGGGGUUUCCUUGCCUUGUACCUAGGAAAUUCUUUUAAGCUUAAGACUUGUUAGUAAGAAAAAAGUACAUACAUAGCUAAAAAGUAUUUAACAUAUAAGAUUCAUCUGCAAAAGCCAAUAUCACAAUACAAAUUUAUAACAAACCCCUCCUCUUCUUUUUUUAUAAAUCAUUUGGCUUGAGCAAUAAUUCUUGUUUUCUAGCUUCUAGCACUCGUUCAUUUUUUUCACAAAUUAGCUUCUUCCAACGGAUCUUUCACAUUAUUUUGUUUUCUUCAUACCAUGAUUUUUUUGUUUUUGCCAUUCCAGAUGUAGCCAAUUUCAAGUCUGUAGGCAUUUGCUAUGCCCUAAAAUAUACUGGUGAUCAGCCAAUUUAAACAUUGGGUUAAACAAAGAAGAAAUAUUAAACCAGCUGUAGCACUGCUACAAGGGGAAGAAACUUAGCUUCUUCUACUACUUUAUCCCCAAUACAUUAUCUCACCAAUUAGUGGUCAUUACUGAUUUUCAUUUUUGGACCACAUGGGCCAUUUUUCUGAUACCCUUGGCGAUAUCUAGAAUGGCAUUUUUUUAUUGUCAUUGAAAACAACAAUUUUAUGUAUUAAUUUUCUCACAGAACACCCCUUCUUUUAGCCAAUAAAUAGUCUAAAGCCAGCUUACUCUGACAUAUUGCAGCUCUGGCUUUUCAUCUCUGAAUGGCUAUUAGUUCCAUAGCCCCAGCUGUUUUAUUGGUUAUGAUUUCUACAACAGCUUGGAGUUUCAUAAUGCAAAAAUUGGGGUUCGAUAUCCCCAACUUCCAUCUUGUGCCCAAGAAUGUUUCCAAUAUGUGUUCAGAGGCCAUUUCUCAUCUCUCCAUUUUUGAGGUGCUCAAAACCAUUCUCUUUUAUUUCUUUUUAGGACCUCAAAAACCAACACCCCAAUUGAUUUGUCUCAUCCUGACAAAAGGAAAAAUCCUGGUUGAAUCAUUCCCAGAGUACAAUUCCUUUUCCAUUGCGAAGGGAGCUUUGGAUAUGCCCUUUUCUCACAUAUCCCAAAAUAAGACAUCUGGUGCUUUGUAAUAGUCAUUUUUCUGUUGAUUUAUAUUUCCCCAAAAUUUGGCUAUUUCUGGGAUUCCAGAGUAAGGAUUUUUCCCUGUACUAUUACACUGGGAGAAUCUGGUUCUAUUAACAUGUACACAAUUUUUCUUUUACUUUCUUUUGGGUCUAAUACAGAGUUGGUUUCUCUGGAACUUACUAUGUACAAGUUUUAUUACCAACUUUAAACUUUUUACCAGGAGUAUUUCUCACUUCAUGAAGAAAUUUCUCCAUUUAAUUGCUGUUUGAGCUUUGCUUACAGGUCCUGAUAUGAGGUUAAUACAGGUCUAGGUUGCUGUGUUGGCUUUAUCUUUUCACUUACCAUUUGCUCUCUUACCAAAUCUUGGUUAUUUCUCCUGGCAACAACUGUGAAGCAAAUCCAUCUUUUUCUCCUUUUGGGCAGUUGUUUUCUAAUCUGUUACUACUUGUUCCUAGAUUUUCUGUGGUCUAAUAUUUUCCCUUUUAUGCAUACAGGUACUUAAUUUGGAUGGGUUAUAGCAGUGAUUAUUGAUACUGGUGUGGGUAAUAAGAAAGAAACCCCGGUGUCUUUCCAUGUAAAGCUUUCGAUAGCAUUUGUAACAUGGCUUUGCUGGUGUCCCAAAAGGGAAAAGGAUAAGUGACAGAAGAAGGAAUAAUAGGGGUCCAGUAUGGCUUACACCCCCACCAAUCCUGCCUAUGAGGUUGCAGCUCACAGCAGGUGUUUGUAUUCUUCUCGGUGGCGAGUUGUAGUGGUCAGUCUGGUCUUGCCCCCUAUUUCCUUGUCACUUCCUCUUUUGUAAUUUCCAAGCAAAUUUCUUUUGACACCUUUUAACAGCAGUUUCCCACAGUUCCUCAGGUAUUUCCCACAGUUCCUCAGGUAUUUCCCACUCAACACGCACUAGUAAUUUCCCAUCUGUAAAAAAAGUUAUCAUUUAAGUUAUUUUUAAUAGAUUUGGCACCUAACACUUCCUGCAAUGAGAGGCUUAACUUUGUGAAUCACAAUAUCUAUUAUUCUUUAAUUUAAACACUUAUAUUUAAUCCAGAUAGCAUGUCUCGUAUUGGGAUGAUUUAGACAAGGUAUAUGAUGUGGCACUGAUGGAAAUUGUGGUUUUCCCCCCUACUUUAUACAAAUCACAGGCAAAAGCAAAAAUAUACGAGGAUUUCCUGACCAAAACAGCCCCAGUUCUCCUGUUUGGAGUGGGAGUUUUCCUCCCACCAAGGUGGAUAUCGAAAGUGUCCCAGAACUUGUCCAGGCAGGACUUGAAACUACUGAUACAGGCUUGGUCUUACUUCCCAGUUAGGCGUGAUUCUUAGCUCAUUCCUUGGAUCAUUUGGAUUGUCUCAGUUCAUUACUGCCGGUCUCUGCUCAAGAGUACAUUUGGUAUCACUGGGUUUGGGUGUUACAGUCCAGUCCUCAGGUCUUAUGAUCUUAUUGGUGUGAAUCCAACUUCACUCUUUGGUCCAGAUUGCAGCUUCUCUGCCUUAAUUAUCAGUAGUACCUGAAAACGAUUUCUUAAUAACACUGGGAGAGUGAAAACAUCACAUCAAAUUUUUCCAUCAGUAUUCUUUAAAAUUCUUGGGUUAAACAAAAUUUAACAUUAAACCUAGGAGCCAAUCUCUUUCUGCGCGUUCAAAUUAGUUAAACAAGAAAGGCUAGGUCAGUCUUAACUUCAAAUAAAUUACAUUUAUUACCUUUUUAUUCUUUGGUUAAUAUUUACUUGUUUAGCUUCACAAACCUUUUUUAUCAGUUUCUUAGAACAAACCCCUUCUUUUUAACAACAAGAGUAAAAGAAAGGAAGGGAAAAAAAAUAAGAGAAAAAGAAAUCUUAUUUCAAGAAAUUAAACACCUUGAUGAGGUUUUCAGAACCUAGCGAGCAAGACUACUUUUGCUUUGGUCCCAUCAUACACCGGUCUGUUUCUCGGCUUUUGUUCCGUUCCUUCUUUCUCAUUUACAGCAGUUUUUCAGGCCAUUUCUCUUCCCCUCUGCUGCCGCAGCUCUGGGCUGAGCAGGCUCUAUUCAGCCGCUCGCUCUGCAGGGGCCCACUUGCCUCCUUGCCAGUCACUUGCGUGCUGACCCUGGGGCAAAGCCUGUGUCCCCUCUCUCCCCGCUGCGCCGUCCCUUCACACACAGGACUGGCAUGUUCAAACACACUCAGCUCCCACCACAGCCGAGGGGCAGAGCUCGGAGUCCACAGUGCUCUGGUCUGGGGCUCCUCUGCUGGGCCAGUUCACUCCUCAGCAGCAAUCCUCACCCAGCACCGCUGCCGGGCCGGCGAGUGCUGCCUGCAACCCCGCACCCCUCGAGACCCCGGCACAGACACGGCGGGUCCCGCUUCAGCAGCGCCCCUCACGAACCGCGCUCUGCACCCUUUACAUCGGGUGGGAGAGGACCGGGAACCACCGCUCCGGGCCGCGCUGUUCACCACUCACAGGGACCGGGUCCUGCUACAGCCGCUUUACAUAAAAGCAAUAAAACAACACCUAAACCCAGCGCUCCAGAUGCUCCUAACAUCUCUUAUUUCGAGCACAAUUCUCACCUCUAAUCCCACUUGAAAGUUUCUCUCCUCACAAGCCAGUGCUCACUCUUUGGAGCCAACAAGACACUUUUCGCUCUCUUUCUAAAAAUCUUUACAACUCUAAUGAAAGGGAUCGCAGAGCUCUCUCUCUCUCUCUGCCACUAUCAUCUUGCCACUCUUUACACCACAUCCCUCCAGAAUCUCUACUACACAAAUUACUCUGCUUCAGAAUCAACUACAGAUUCCAACACCUCCUUUUGGGGACCCUCCCCAAAGCCAUCAAAGGCGCUAAACACAGAGACCAGUCAGCUAGCCAGCUACCUUUACUAACUAAAACAAACCUGCAGUUACUAUUUCCACUCCCUUGAACAGAUCUUCAGUCAAGCUAGAAAUGAAGACACAGACAUCAUUCUUCUCUAAAUUUUCUUCUACAAGUACAAAGGAGUCUAUUCUCACGCAGCUGCUUAAUGUGAAUAAUCUCUAGUGUAACUUUUCUCAUGACAAGAUAUGAUCAGGUCUUUUAUUUUUACAGGCAUUUACAUACAUUGACAAGUUUCUGACAAUACCUUUAUGUUUCAACAGUACUUGCAGCUUAUAUACUAUGAACCAUUUAUAGCAAGAACCAGUCUUAUAAUUGUUUUCAAACUCUUCUUUCACAAAAUAAGACUCAUUUUUAAAUUAACACAUGUAUUUAUUAAAAUAGACUAAGUUUA